AUGGCAGCAGAGGAUCCGAAGUUGGGUGUUCGCCUGAACAGGAUUUGCUGCAUCGGUGCUGGGUAUGUGGGUGGCCCCACCAUGGCAACCAUUGCUUUGAAGUGUCCUGAUCUUCAGGUGAACAUCGUUGACAUGAACCAGGACCGAAUUGCUGCGUGGAAUUCCGACAACCUGCCCAUCUACGAGCCUGGGCUUGAUGACGUGGUGAAGGCAUGCCGCGGCAAGAACCUCUUCUUCUCCACUGAUGUGAAGAAGGGCAUCGAGGAUGCCGAUAUCAUCUUUGCCUCAGUCAACACGCCUACAAAGACACAAGGCGUGGGCAAGGGCAGGGCCGCUGACCUGAGGUUCAUUGAGAGCGUUGGGCGAACCAUCGCACAGUAUGCAAACAGGAGCAAGAUUGUCAUUGAAAAGUCUACGGUCCCCAUCAAGACCGCAGAAGCCAUAGCUCGGGUACUGAUGGCCAAUGAGCAAGCUAAUGGAGGCAACAAGAACUUUUGGAUCCUGUCCAACCCUGAGUUCCUGGCAGAAGGCACAGCCAUGAAGGACCUGGAUGAACCCGACAGAGUUUUGAUAGGUGGUCAAGAGCAGGCAGCCAUUCAAGUCUUAGCUGACAUCUACGCUCACUGGGUGCCAAGAGAUCGGAUUUUGACGACCAACCUUUGGAGCUCAGAACUCUCGAAGCUAGUGGCUAAUGCCAUGCUUGCGCAGCGCGUGAGCAGCAUCAACUCCAUUUCCAGACUCUGUGAGCGAACAGGUGCCGAUGUCAAAGAAGUGUCCAGAGCCAUUGGGACGGAUUCACGAAUUGGCCCCAAGUUCCUGAACGCUUCCGUGGGCUUUGGCGGGUCAUGCUUCCAGAAAGACAUCUUGAACUUAGUUUACAUUUGCCAGCAGUUCGGACUUGAUGAAGUUGCAGCGUACUGGCAGCAGGUCGUGGACAUGAACGACCACCAGAAGAUUGCUUUCACGAGCAAGAUCAUUUCAGCUUUGUUCAACACUGUGACAAAAAAGAAGAUCGCAGUAUUUGGCUUCGCGUUCAAGAAGGAUACAGGAGAUGUGCGCGAGACCCCAGCACUUACAGUGUGCGACAUGCUCAUGAAGGAUGGCGCCAUUGUGCACGUGUACGACCCGAAAGUCGAAAUUGCAGAUGCCCUCCAGGAGUUCAAGUACCAUGACGUCGAGGUGAACAAUAGCCAGUUCAUCUUCACGUCAAGCCCAGAGGAGGCUUGCGAUGGUGCUCAUGCCAUUGUUGUUCUCACAGAGUGGGACGAGUUCAAGAAAUACGAUUAUGAAGCAUUCUACAAGAAGAUGAUGAAGCCAGCCUUCUUGUUCGAUGGGCGCAAUAUGCUGGAUCACGCUGGCCUGGAGGAGAUAGGCUUUGAAGUCCAUGCGCUGGGCAAGGCUCGCACAGCCAAGAGCCCCAGUGGCGAUCAGGACUUUGUGUUGCGAGCCAGCAGCGCUUAUCUUGAUGAAAAGCUAGGAGGUUAUCCAAGCCCGGUGCUGGCCGAGGACACGGAUGGGAGCUUGCAAGGUCCAGUCCUGGUGUGGUACAACGCUUCUAAUCACUUCACCUUGAAGCCUCGAAUCGAUCAAACCAUGACAACGAACGUGUUCUACUUCACCUUCACUCCAGAAGUCAGCGGCAACUUCUGGGCAGUUGUGGCCGACAAGAAUGACGAAAGCCUUGUCACUGUCUGGAGCAUCAAAAGCAUGCAGUAUGGGCAGCCAGCGGCGGAUUGCCGCAGAGCAGGAAAGUUUGUCACAGGAGGUCUUCCAAACACCGAGGAAUUCCUCUUCUGCUACUUCGAAAGAGGCCCAGCCACCUACAAAGUUUUUGUGUAUCUGGAGGACACUCAAGGCCAAGACGACGGAAUUAUGGAAACCAUGGGCAUCAUCGUGCCAGGCUCCGCAGAAGUGACCAACGACUUCUUGACGCGGCCGUAUCUUGUGGAGCCUGCUACUAUACGCGGUGCAAAGAUCUACUUCCAGCCCAGAAGGACGGGCUACGCAUGGGCCGGCUUGAUCGCCGAGUCUUCCUGGCAAACGCGGGUCCCAGUCAAUCACUCCAACGGCAACCACGCUGACAGGCAGAGCAUCGAGAUUUACGACAUCAUGUUCAAUGUUGACAUGGUGGGGUCGAAUCUAUUCUGCUACUACCAGGCCAUUCCCAUCACGGGCAGUACAGGCUACACCUGGGAAUUCCUGAACUGUGGCCUGACGCCGGGCGUCCGCUACCGCUUGUUUGUGUAUGUCAUCGGCGAGGAUUACUGGGAUGUGGCCGUGGAUCCGGAUGCUGUAUUCCGGUCACCAUUCUGGAACCAAUGGCACCGAGACAAUGGGCGAGUGUCCAACGGUCUGCUUGUGGUUCCGCCUUUCUCCAACACCUGGGCGUGGCCGGAUGGUGCACCCUACAUCUCCAAAGGUCCACAUGGAAUGGGCUUGGAUGUCACAUUCACAACCGCCAACCCGCAAUCGUUGGUAUGGGCAGUUGUCCAAGAUGCUGCAAGCACCAACUUCACCAUCAAUGCCGUGAAGACGGCGCAGCUCGCGUGGGGCCCUGCUGGCUGUCGGCAGAUGGGCGUCCCUGCGCUUUCAGCCGGCACGUACACACUGACCCUCUUCGGGUGCAGCCUGCUGCCAGCUCCAAAACAGUAUGUCCUCAUUCUGUACACUGAAGAUCAAGCUGUCCAGAAUGAUGGCACACUGUCGGACCCCAUCUACUUCGAGGUGCCUGUGUCAAACAGUUUCGUGAUUCCACCGGCGUUGGUUGGAGAGCCGGGACUGGACACCGGCGUAAGCCUGAGCUUUGAGGCAUCCUCGGCUGGCAAAGUUUGGGUGUACAUUGCAACUGCAGAACAGGCCGCUGCCGUGUCAGUAACAAUCCCCAACGUCAAGGACGCGCUGAACGCCUUCGACAGAACAAACUGCAUGGCGGCCGGUCUUGCCAUCCCGCCCUCCUUGCAGGUGAUCACAAUGCCAAACUGCCCACUGGUUUACUUGUCUUCCUAUGUGAUCUACGUCUACGUCGAGGACAGCAAUGAAAACAUGGAUGGGACGCUUGCGACCCCUUUGGUUGUCGACGUUGGGGCUUCCAACAGCUUUGAAGUGGAGCCGGCGCUACUCUCGGUGCCCACGACUAACCAGGUGGACUUCAGGUUCACACCGAGGAAGCGCGGCCGCGCUUGGGUGGUGGUAACGCCUGCAGCAUCCCUGGUGGCGCCACCAACCAGGUCUCAUAUGAAGGCCAACGUUGGAGCUGUCGGCGCGCUUACAUGCAGAGUGACGGGUGCGCCGAUAACACCUGUCGAGCAGACGUACACCCUGACUGGCUGCGUGCUGGAUCCAGGACAGAUCUACGCUCUGUAUGCCUAUGUAGAAGACCACCGAGACCGCGGCGACGGCACCCUGUCAAGAAUCGUUUUCGUGAAGGUCAUCAGGUCAAACAACUUCGCUGUCAGCCCUGUCCUGCUGACUUUACCCACACUGGACGGCUUUGACGUCAGAUUCCGCGCCAUGGUCUCAGGCCGCGCAUGGGCUAUGGCUGUGGAUGCCAUCGGCGGCUCAGGCGUCACAUCCUUGUCGAUUCGAAGCCUGGAAGGAGCCUUGGGGGGGCCAGACUGCCAGUUUCAAGAUUUCCCCAUCGACGCCAGCCUUCAGGUUUGGAACUUCACAGAUUGCAGGUUCCAAGAGAUGAAAACGUACAUGAUCUUCAUUUACAUCGAAGCCUGGCCUGCAGUGGAAGGAGACGGCACUCUCUCAGGUCCCAUGAUUGCCUCCUUCUUUGACGCUUCAAACGUUUCCACGGACGAUGCUGGCGGCGUUUCUGGCGGACAGGUCCUCAUCAUUGAGGAGGUACCUGUUGUCUCCAACUGGUUCCGAGAGGACCCACGGCAGGCGGGUCCCGCAUCCCCGGGCGGCGUCACCUUGACACUUCGUGCAGCGCAUGCCAGCGGCCGGCUUUGGGUGAUGAUCACCCGCUACAGGCCGCAGGUCGCUGCAGAGUCCGUCACCAACGGAUGGAACGCCAUCGGUGGUCCUGGCUGCCAGAAACUCGACAGCCCCAUCGACGAGACGGAGACCACCGUGCAACUUUCGGAGUGCGGUCUGUUGCGAGGUAGAUACUACUACGCCUUUGCUUAUGUUGCGGGACCCGAAGGUGGUCUGAAUGGGACACUGAGCCCAGCCGUGGAGAUCUUCAUUCCCACGGUAUCCAAUGAUUUCUCCAGCCGCCCCAGGCUCACAGCGACGCCGCUGCAGGAUGACGUGCGCUUCAAUUUCGCUGCAGUGCAAGAGUUUGGUUUUGCUUGGGUGAUGAUCAUUGACGCAUGGCUUGCCUACUCCUUGACCGUUGAGGGAGUGAAAAGCUUCACCAACGCGGCAGGGGGAUCCAAUUGUCGGAAGCAGGCCCUCAGCAUCAGCACUGCCAUGCAGGAGAUUGUGUUGUCAUCCUCCUUUGCGAACGCUGGCGACGGCUGCAACUUAAACUCAAACGGCAUGUAUGUUGUAGCCGUCUACGUUGAAGAUGUCAACGGUCUCAGCGAUGGCUCAUUGGCUCAGCUGCCCAUCCAUGUGAGCCCCAAGCCAGCCGUCUCCAACCGCAUCGCUGCCGGACCAGUGAUAUCGACCAACCCUACACCCAGCGAUGUGUACCUGACGUUUGCAGCAGCCAUUCCCGGGCGGUACUGGGCCUUCAUCUUGCCAAGAGACAGGACAGACGUCUUCACGCUGGAGACUGCCAAGUUCAUGGAUCUCAACCCAGACACAGUGGGGCAAGCCGGCUGUCGCAAGAACGGCGUGGAGAUGGGCUCUGGAGCUACCGUUGUCCAUCUGACAGAUUGCGAUCUUGUGACGUCGGGACCAGGCAUCACCUUCUAUGCAGCUUUCAUCUACGUGGAGGACAACAGUGGACAGGUUGGCGACCUCUCCGCACCAGUGACGGUCCUCUACGUCUCGAACACCUUUCUGCCACCCUUCCCACAAAUCGUGGCGUUUGAUACAAAUGGUACGCUUUCUGUCGACGUGCGCGUCAACAACUCGGGCCGCCUGUGGAGCCGAAUUGUGUUUUCGAGUCUGUACCCAAGCAUCGAGCGCUACGACGGGGCGAUGUCGCUCGCAGUUCUGAAGCAGUGGCAAAACUAUCCAGACAACGGUCCAUCCUAUCAGAACGAGAACUGCAGUAUCGAUGGGAUAGACGUGACGGCCGAACUGGAUACUCUGGGCAUGCCAGUGCCUGUGUGGUUGAACUUCAGCAACUGCACAUUUGUCUCUGGCACUGAUUACAUGAUUGCGAUGUACGUGGAGGAUUCAUCCGGAAAUAACGAUGGCGAGAUUAUCGGACUGAAGCUUGACAAGUACUACAAUGCCAGCAACUACUUUCUGGCCUCUCCGUCCGUUGUGGGUACCGCCAUGGCUGAGACAUUCACUGUGCAAUUCCAGACCUGGGCCUCAGGCUUUGGAUGGUGCGCUAUUACUUCUCCUGAAGAUGCCAAGUACCUGACUGGAGCUGCUGUGAUGAAUGGUGAGACGAGCCUGGGUGGCCCAAACUGCUGCAGAAACUCUGCAGGCUUCUUAACAGGUGGCGCUCUGGAGACUCUGACAUUUACUGGCUGUGGGUUGAGCAUGGACACAGAGUAUGUCUUCUUCAUGUACAUCAGCGGCGGCGCAUUGGAUGGCACACUCUCAAGUGGAUACACAUUCACUACGUUCGGCAGCCUUGGCCACAUCCGAGUGCAGUGGCUCCAGAAGGAAACAGAUGACGGUGGACCCAUAGACAGGUAUCGUGUGUUCCUGAACGGCACUCAGGUCUAUGAUGAUUACGGCUAUCGCAGCAGCCUGGAGCAGAGUCGUGCAGGUUCACCACCUCAGUGGGUUCGCAUGGCAGACUUGGCCUGCACCCCAGGUCUGAGCUAUGAAGUGACCCUGUCGGGCCGAAAUUUUGGUGGCUGGUCACCUCUAAGUGCGCCUUUGCAGACGGGCUGUUUCCUGCGGCCGGGCGUCAUCUCCAACCUACGUGAGGUCUCGUCGUCGGUAUCGGCAGAUGGGGAGACUGCGUCGCUGACACUGGCCUGGAACCCUCCACAGGAUGCAGCCGGUGCAGAGACGGCGUACUACAACCUUUAUCGCGAUCGAGGGUUGCGGCAGGCUUUGUAUGAGCUGAUUGGCAGCACGGUCCAGACGCAGUUCAACGAUUUGGGACUGGAGCCUGGUCGUGAUUAUGGCUAUCAGGUCGCGGCCGUAAAUGCCUUCGGCGAAGGAGCCGUCAGCGAUGUCCUCUUUGUCAAGGUGGCUGGCACACCAGUGAUAGAAACGCCAAAGGUCGACCUGCUGGGCAUCCUGAACCAAGCGGGCCUGCAGCUCACUCCAACUGCACAGAUCGGGGAGCUGGACCAGGUGGAUGGCGUUCUGCAAAUCUACAGCAGCGCCAGGCAGCGCACUCUCCAGGCUUCCAACUAUGGCGGACAUCGAACUGCACACCUUGUGGUGUUUGGUCCCGUCGUGUUGACAGUGGAGGAUGUUGACCUGGCCGGAACCACUGCGGAGGGCGACCCAUGCCUGGAGGCAGAGCUCAAGAUCACUGCUCCGGCAACGUCACUUCAAUUUUGUGCCGGCGAUGCAGAUAAAGCACCCCCCCGCACGCUCGCGUAUGGCCAAUCGGCGACAGUCUCGUGGCGAACGGGACAUCUGUCAAGCCCAGUGGCUGAUACCGGUGGAUGGCGUAUAAGCCUUCAGCCAACGCCCUGA